CACACUAUUGUUGGGCAGCACGUCUGGGCACACUGCAACUUUGCGAAUAGCUAAAUCGCGAAACGCAAAAAAUUAUAAUACUCCAAUACAGCACAAUUCGGACGUUAAGCGAACUACUAACGUAUGGAAAAUAAACACAAAGAGCAUAACAUAAGAACAAACAACAGGGAGACGUUAAAAUAUUGAUCAAAAUAAGUUCUCUGUUCUUGUUGUGCCUCUGUGUGUUUGUGUCUGUGCGCUCGUGUAUCUGUGUGCGUGUUUCUUGCGUGUCGGUGUGCAGUGACUGUGCUUUGGUGUGCGUGUGCGUAUAGCUAUCCCUCUCUGGCGCGCACACAAGAUAUAUACACACAGAAAUUUGAAAGAGCGGUGCCCACCACACGCCCCCCCCGUUCCAGACAACCACCACCACCAACACCCCCUCCCGUCGGCGCUGCUCGGCUGGAUGUGUGCGCCCGGUUCCGGUGCCUUUUGGUUACCGUUCCCGUGCAUCUGGACCUGGAAGCAGAGUGUGCGUGCGAGCGAGAGGGCACGUUAGAAUUUUAGAGAGCAGGCGAAAGGAGCAAGAGCAGGACAACAGGGGAGCUCGAGUUGCCGGUACCGUUACAGAUCAGAAGUGCACAAGUGAAGCAGCAGCAGCAACAGUAGCAGCAGCAGCAGCAGCAGUAGCAGCAGGAGAACUGUUCCAGUCCCAGUUCCCAUUCCCGUUCCAGUAUUCCAGGCAAGGUGAUCGAACUAAAAGUAAAACACUCGACAAACGCCACCAGUGAGAGCAGUAUUCAAAAGUCAACGCAGAGGAGGAGGAGGAGUAGGAGCUAGUGGACGCGGAGGACACCCGGAAAGCCCAGGAGAACUCCCCCCUGAGACCCUGAGAUGUUGCCAUUCACCCCGCAGGUGGUCAAGCGUUUGUUAGCACUCAAAAAGGGCAACGAGGACAACAGCGUCGAGGGCAAGUGGUCGGAGAAGGCCGUCAAGAAUCUGGUCAAGAAGAUCAAAAAGAAUUCGCAGCUGGAGGAGCUAGAGCGCGCGAUCUCGACACAGAACUGCCAAACAAGGUGCGUGACGGUGCCGCGCAGCAAGCCAGCUCCCGCCGGCGAGCAUCUGCGCAAGGGUCUGCCGCACGUCAUCUACUGUCGCCUGUGGCGCUGGCCGGAUCUUCAGUCGCAGAAUGAACUGAAGCCCCUCGAUCAUUGCGAGUACGCGUUCCAUUUGCGCAAGGAAGAGAUCUGCAUAAAUCCGUACCACUACAAGAAGAUUGAACUGUCCAUCCUGGUGCCCAAAUCGCUGCCGACGCCGCCCGACUCCAUUGUGGAUUAUCCGCUGGACAACCAUACGCACCAGAUACCCAACAACACCGACUACAAUGCGGCGAUAAUUCGCAGCGCCUCGUUGAGUCCGCCGCAGUAUAUGGAAUUGGGCGGUGCCGGUCCCGUUUCCGUAUCAUCGUCCGCCAGUUCGACGCCCGCAACUGCCGCCGGUGGUGGUGGUGGUCCCUCCUCCUCCUCGUCGUCGUCCUCAUCCGCCGCCUCCGCCUAUCAACAGCAACAGCAGCAGCUGUCCUUUGGCCAAAACAUGGACUCUCAAUCGAGUGUGCUCAGUGUGGGCAGCAGCAUUCCCAACACCGGUACCCCGCCGCCCGGCUAUAUGAGCGAGGAUGGUGACCCCAUCGAUCCCAACGACAACAUGAACAUGUCGCGUCUAACGCCGCCCGCCGAUGCAGCGCCGGUGAUGUACCAUGAGCCGGCCUUCUGGUGUUCCAUCUCCUACUAUGAGCUAAAUACGCGUGUCGGCGAGACGUUCCAUGCCUCGCAACCCUCGAUUACGGUGGAUGGCUUUACCGAUCCCUCCAAUUCGGAGCGCUUCUGCCUCGGACUGCUGUCCAAUGUGAAUCGCAACGAGGUCGUGGAGCAGACACGUCGCCACAUCGGCAAGGGCGUACGGCUGUACUACAUUGGCGGAGAGGUAUUCGCAGAAUGCCUGAGCGACUCGUCCAUCUUCGUACAGAGCCCGAAUUGUAAUCAGCGUUAUGGCUGGCAUCCGGCCACCGUAUGCAAGAUACCGCCCGGUUGCAAUCUAAAGAUCUUCAACAACCAGGAGUUCGCCGCCCUGCUGUCGCAGUCCGUGUCGCAGGGAUUCGAGGCGGUCUACCAAUUGACACGCAUGUGCACCAUCCGCAUGUCAUUCGUCAAGGGCUGGGGCGCCGAAUAUCGCCGCCAGACGGUGACCUCAACGCCCUGCUGGAUCGAACUCCAUCUGAACGGGCCGCUCCAGUGGCUGGAUCGCGUGCUCACGCAGAUGGGUUCGCCUCGGCUGCCGUGCAGCUCCAUGUCGUAAGCGCACGGCCGGUUCCGGUUUUCAAUCUUCCCCCCUCCCCAUUUUUCCGCACAGAAAGCGCUGGAGUUUAAGGCCCAUUUUGGGAUGAAAGAAGAACCCCAGGACUCCCAUAACGGCCCUGACAAGUAACACUGACGAAGAUAGGAUACUAUCCUCAAGAAUUUGCGGUAGUCAAUAUCGUUUAUUAUCGUCUUUUAAUCACCUUUCGCAAGAAAUCGCGAAGGUAAUUAAAAUUGUAGAUUAACGUCCGCAAAAUCUGGAUGCAAUUGGUAUGCAAUCGAUGUGCUUUUUGUUCGGUUUUCAUUUAAAUUCGCUGAGCAGCUAGGCAGUGAAUGUUGUAAUACCCUCUGCCAGGGUACAAAAAAAGCACUUGUUUUCACUAGCUCUAGAAAACGUAAAUUUAAACCCAACCAGUACAAAUUAAAAUCGAGAGAAAGCUGGGCACAACAAUAAUGAUAUCCUUGAUGUACCAAGAACUUCCUCAAAAGGCUUGCAAAAACCAAAAAUACUAUAUAUACAUCUCUGUUAAUGUUGAAUGUUGGCCCGUUUCGUCAGUGUUACUGGUCAGCACCUUCGCGGGAGAUCAAAAUGAGAAUCGGAAUUGGUUUCAAAGAGAAAACCAAGAAAAAUUCUGAGAGCACAUAUGAAAUAAGUUCAGGCAAAUUAUAUACGAGUACAUAAUUGAGUAAUUGAAAACAAAUGGUAGAUGCAAACCAGAUGCAGAUAUAUCUAUAUACAAAGAGCACACACUUACAUGUGGGAUAUAUAUCUUUACAAGCAUAUAUGAGAGAGAACAUGUAUUUGGCGUUACAAGUUUAGGACUAUAUAUUGUGUAGGUGGAAACGUGGAGAGUUACAGUUUUCGAUAAGAAGCAACAAUUUUUUUAAACAUUUUACAUACAAAUAAAAAAAAUAAAGCAAAUGAGGAAAUAACCGAAAAUGGAACCGACCAGGAACACACAAAACCAAAAGAUGCCCCCAAUCUGUGUGAGUAAAGUUGGUAACGCUAGAAGCGAGAACGAAGCGAGUCAAAAUUCUUUGAGAAAGAAGCAAAACAAUUAUAUCGGUGAUUUGGAACAAAAAUGAAUGAGAGUAAAACAGGAACUGGGAUUUAUCAAGCUUGAAGCUUACACACACAGACACACACUACCAUACAUUGCAAAUGUACAUAAGACCAAAAUAAUGAAAUUAUUCACGCAGGACCUCCACUUGAUCGAGUAUGGGAUUAUAGAUAUAUCCGUUUUGAUGAUGGUUGUUAAACGAUACGAUUCAAUUCGAUCCGAUUCGAUUCGAUAGUCGCUUAGUACGUGUGUGUUAAAAAUUCGUCAACAAAUUCGUCUUAAAACGCAGUCAGCUCUUGUUAGUCGUAAUAUCCGUAAAAUGCGAUCAUAUAUCCUAUAUGUAAAGCACUUGCCCAACAAAAUUUGUAAUGCCGCAAGCCCAAGUCUGGCCCAUACAAUUGGUGCCAUUUUGUUCAGAACUGCAUUUAUUGUGUACCAAAUGAGAGAUUCUUAAUUCAUUUACAGCCUCGGAUUUGAACCGACAGAUUUAAUAGGGAUUUAACCAACCAAUAUGCAAUAUGGUUUGCCGGUGCUGGCCGGAUUUUGCUUGGCAAGUGCACGUUUUUCUUGGGUCUAGUUCUUAAGUCUAUAUAUGUAACGAAAUUCGCUAGCUUAUAUUAACAUUUAAAGAGCCCAAAUCCAGUUUAAGUUCGAGUUCAAAUUGUUUUUACGUCAAUAUUUGCUGAUUCUUUUUUACAAUUUUUUUUUGUUUUUUUGGUCCUUCGCUUCGCUGUUACAACCAAAAAUAACUGUACCGCCUGGCCAGUGUUGGGCAGUGUAUGGUGCGUGGCGGCCAGUGUUGGUCAGCGCACUUGUCCGCUGGUUCCGGCGAAACUUUAAUUUAAGUUUUGUCUAUUGUGUUUGCCCCCUUUGUUGCUUUUAAGUUUCUCACGUGUGUAGUUUUGUGCUAAGACACUAAGUCCUGAUUGGCAAUCAAUCGAAUAAACGACCGCGAACGAGAUUGUGUUUUGUUAAUUGGCUCUAA